UGGACCUCACAGAGGGUGCCACAGAGGGGCCAUGGGGGUUAUAUAAAUCCCAGGGCAGAGGGAAAGUGGAGAGGCAGAAGUCAAGGGAAACAGAAGAUGGCAGGAGAGCCAGAGCUCCAUCAGCCAAAGAACCAGGAGGAGGAGGUCACAGUCACAGACCAGGUUGAGAAUGAGCCCAAGGGUCUCAUUUGCAGCUCCAGGAGUUUGCAAGGAUAUCUGACCCCAGUCCCCUGGCUUCUGCUGCUUCUCAUCUCUUUGGGCCUCUUUUUGCUCAUGUUGGCCACCCUGAUUCAAGUUUCCAGGAUCCGUGCAUACACACAAGGACAGACCCAGGAUCAGCAGGCAGUUGCUGUUCCUCAGGAGCAGACACACGCUGGCUUGGAGCAGAUCCAGCAGAUCCAGCAGCAGCUGACUCAGUUCAACGCCUCCCUGGCUGGCCUGUGCCGGCCCUGCCCCUGGGACUGGGAGCUCUUCCAGGGAAGCUGCUACCUCUUCUCCAGAACCCUGGGCAGCUGGGAAACCUCUGCCUCCUCCUGCAAGGAUCUUGGGGCCCAUCUGGUGAUUAUCAACAGUGUUGCAGAGCAGAGAUUCAUGAAAUAUUGGAAUGUGAGGAAGAACCAGCGCUCCUGGAUCGGCCUCACUGACCAUACACACGAGGGCUCCUGGCAGUGGGUGGACGGCAGCCCCCUCAAGUUCAGCUUUUGGAAAGAAGGGGAGCCUAACAAUGACGGGGAUGAGGACUGCGUGGAGCUGUUCACGGACGAUUGGAAUGAUAAUAAGUGCACCGAACAAAACUUCUGGGUCUGUGAGAAGCCCUCGGCUCCCUGCCCUCGUCACUGAGGGUCUGUGUCCCCCUAGUCAUGCAGGCAACUCGGGGACACUGCUCCAGUUCCAGACACCUUGCUCAUCCCAGGGUCCCUGUUCUGAGACCCUGAGAGAGUCCCCGAGGCACCCUCCCCUGCAGAUCCUCCCUCUUCCUCGGUGGGUGAUCUCAGUUCCAUAAAUCCUGAGCCCACGAAUCCCCUCAGUAGAGUCACACACACUUGGGGCUGGGGUGUAGCUCACUGAUAUACUCCAGAUGGCCUAGCACGGCGACUCUCUGAUUCCAUCCCCAGCACCCAAAUGAAAAAUAAACUAUUAAAUUCA